AAUGGUCUGUGGACAUAAGUAAAAAACAAAACGCAGGGGAAAGACGCAUCAGUGAUCAACCACAUGCACACCAAUGUCUGCUUCUUCUUUAUUUAAUUUCCCAUUGAUUCGCCUCAGAUCUCUCUCCCAUCUCCCUCUCCCAUCGCUCCGAUCCGUUUCCGUUCCCAUCCCACAGAGAAAGUUUCGAGCUUUCUCCGCAAUGGCAGAUUCUAAAGAUGCUGGAAUGGAUGCUGUUCAGAGACGCCUCAUGUUUGAGGACGAAUGCAUUCUUGUUGACGAAACUGAUCGUGUUGUGGGGCAUGACAGCAAAUAUAAUUGUCAUCUGAUGGAAAACAUUGAAGCUAAGAAUUUGCUUCACAGGGCCUUUAGUGUAUUUUUAUUCAACUCCAACUAUGAGUUGCUUCUCCAGCAAAGGUCGAAAGCAAAGGUGACCUUCCCUCUAGUGUGGACAAACACUUGUUGCAGCCAUCCUCUUUACCGUGACUCAGAGCUCAUCGAGGAAAAUACACUCGGCGUGAGGAAUGCUGCACAGAGAAAGCUUCUUGACGAGCUCGGUAUCGUAGCUGAAGAUGUACCAGUCGAUGAGUUCACCCCCUUGGGACGUAUGCUUUACAAGGCUCCUUCUGAUGGCAAAUGGGGAGAGCACGAACUGGACUACUUGCUGUUCAUUGUGAGGGAUGUUAAGGUUCAACCGAAUCCAGAUGAAGUAGCGGAUGUAAAGUAUGUGAGCAGGGAAGAGCUGAAGGAGCUGGUGAAGAAAGCAGAUGCAGGGGAGGAAGGUCUGAAGCUGUCUCCAUGGUUCAGAUUGGUGGUGGAUAACUUCUUGAUGAAGUGGUGGGAUCAUGUUGAGAAAGGGACUCUGAGUGAAGCUGUAGACAUGAAGACCAUCCACAAGCUCUGAACUCUUCUCUAAGUUUUUCUUUUUGGAUAAUCUCUCUGUUUUUUCCUCUGUUUUUUAGAUAUUUUUUUUGGUGAUAAUAAUUGAGAGAUGUGAUAAUUUUAGAUAUUCCAAGUUUCGUUUUUAUUUGGAUUUUAUGAAUUAUCUUUUAGUAA